UUCGAUUAAAAAAAAAAAAAAAACCCAAAACAAGAAAAAAAAAAUGUAAAACAAAAAAAGAGAGCAAUCAAAGCCUGCAAGCAAUAAAAGAAGUGAUGAAAGUUCAUAAAAAUGCUGUAAAGAAAGUGAUGAUGUUUGAAAUAUUGUACGGAAUGACAAAUGCUUAAAAUCUAUUUAAAACUAACUCAAAAUUUAUUAGAACGGUUCAUAUAUUUUAUCGUCUUAAGGUAGUUAAUAAAUAUAGAAAAUCCGUAAAUUCGUUGUAAAUGCGAGUCGUUUAAUAAGCCAGCAAUUAAAACAACAAUAUUAAUAAAAAUGCAGUCGAAACAAUAAAGUGCUUAUAGUGUAUGGUGUAUAUAUAUGGCUUACACGGCUUAUGGCUUAUUAGAGGCCUGUGAGUAGCUGUUGCAAAUAGUAUAGCAAACUUUAUAUGCGUUCAUCAUUUAAUGAUGGGUGUAAGAACGGGAAUAUCGUCUGUAGGAUUCGGAGGUGUGUUAAUACCAAACAUCUGGCAAGUGCCCAGCAACGCAUGCUUUAUUUCCGAAGCCUCUCACAUAUCGCUUACACAUCCUCUAUCGAUUUCGGCAGGACAAACAUUUCAAAAUCAUUUUAGUAGCCCCUCUUCAGCGAUCAAUUCACCCACUGAAAGCCAUUUGGAGCAGUUAGCAGCAUCAGUACACCAUAAUCAGCACGUCUCCAGCCGGGCAAUAAAUAACGGCGGCAAUCACAACGUAGCUUUGAAUACGUUAUAUAAUUUUCAAAAUAUAUCGCAAGGUGGCAGCUCUAUGCCGCAAACUAAUUCAAGUAAUUGUCCAAGCAAUCAAAGUCCACAACAAACCUCUUUCGUUCAGCAACACCUGGGACAGCAUUCCGUACCAGGGGGAGAUUCAAUUCAUUCCUCGUUGCAUAUACAGACAUCCCCCACAAUCUUACAAAAUAAUUGCUCGAAUCUGUCAGGCACGUCAAAUUCAUUGCGACACAUUAACCAUCAAACAAAUCAUCAGUCUUCAACAAAUUUAGCCUCCUCUUCGUCAACAACGGCAAGCUCCUCUGUCAUGGCUGCAGCGGCGGCUCAUUUACACCACAAUUCGCAAACAUCACCAAUGACAAAUUUACAUCAGAACAUGGGAACUCUUAUGAAUGGUGGAAGUAGUGCUAGCGAUGUUUUUUUUAGCUUAAUGAUACAAAACACAACGAAAAGACAAAACGAAGAACACAUUAAACGUCCAAUGAAUGCUUUCAUGGUCUGGUCCCGUUUGCAACGAAGGAAAAUUGCUCAAGACAAUCCGAAAAUGCAUAAUUCCGAAAUUUCGAAGCGUUUAGGAGCCGAAUGGAAACUUUUGACAGAAGAGGAAAAAAGGCCUUUCAUUGAUGAAGCAAAACGGCUUCGUGCAAUGCAUAUGAAAGAACAUCCAGAUUAUAAGUAUCGUCCGCGAAGAAAACCCAAGGCUCUUCGACGAGAUGGAUACCCCUAUCCAAUGCCAUACCCUUCCGUACCGGUCGAGGCAUUACGUGCCGGUAUAACGCCGAGUUAUUUUGCAUCGGGACCGGCAGCUGCGGCAGCUUAUCAUUUAGGUAGUCAUCUGACUCAAACAAAUCCACCAUCUUCGCAAAGUUCAAUUUCAGGACAAAUGGAUGUACCGAAAUUCGCCUUAGAUCGCAACUCCUAUUUAAGCACAGCUGCCACCGCUGGAUCAUUGUAUGAGUCGUCUAAAGCCGCUCAGGCAAGUGCUGCGUACAGUGCCUACUUGGAUCCUAGCGUUCUUACAAAGGCAUAUUUCGAUUCGAAAAUGUAUCAAGAUCGGGCUGCAAAUUACGCUUUCGAUAUAUCCAAAAUAUAUGGAGCACAACAGCAUAACUCAUCAACGCCCGCGCCCUCCGUUCAUCAGCAACAUCAACAGCAUCAGCAUUUUCUUAACGGCUUAAGCAUUUCAAGUCCACAGCAUAGCAAUCAGACGACAUCAAAUAACACGAAUAAUGUAGAUGAACGCGAAACUACACCUCAUUUAGAGUCUGGCGGAAGUAGUAAUGGCGGCCCUGUUGGCAGGGCCGUCUCCGAUUCGAAAGCACUCUUACAUUCGCCGAACGGUAAUCAAAUGGAUUAUAAUCCAUACGGUCAGUAUGGCCAAGUUGGAGGAAAUCACGUAAACAGCCCGUCAGUAACUGCAGGAGUAAGCACAAGUACAGUAUCUUCAACAGCUAGUGGAGACUAUCGCCGACCAUUGACAGUAAUAUUUUGACCUCCGUCAUCGUGAAAUGAAAAUCAAAUGUCAAUGACAAAUUAAGACGCUAUUGCUGUAAUGCAUGUAAAAAAAAAAAAAAAAA